AUGAAGAGGGGGUUUGGUAGGAGAGGGUGGUUAGGGUGGGGGUGGGGGGGAGUUGGAAUAGGUUUAAAGGAUGGUGGGGGGGUGGGUGGAGGGGUUAGGGGGAAAAGGGUUGGGAUUGUGGGGGAGGAGGGGGGGUGGGGGGUUUUUUGGGGGGAGAUUGGUGGUAUGGGGGUGGUGGUGAGGGGGUGGGUGUAUGGUGGGUUGGGGUUUUAUGAGGGUGGGGGUAUAAGUAUUAAGGUUAUGGGUGGUUUUGGGUUGGAGAAGGGGUGGAGGGAGGGUGGGUUGAUGUUUGGGGUUGUAAGAGAGGGGGGGUUAUUGGGAGGGGGGGGUGAGAGUGGUAUGGAGUGGUGGUGGUUGGUUGGGGGGUGGUUUGUGGAUAGGGGUAUUAAUUGGGUUGGGGUUGUGUUGGUUGGGUGGGGUGUGAGGGGGGGGGGAAUGGGGGGAGGGGUAAAGGAGGAUGAUAAUGGGGGUUGGUGGGGUUAUUGUGAGGAGAGGUUAUGGGGGUUUGGGAGGGGGAGGUUGGGAGGGAUUAUUUUUAUGGAGGAUAGGAAGAAGGUGAUGUUUGGUAUUUGUAAAAGUUGUUAUUGGGUGGGUAUGGUUUUGGAUGGGGGGGUGGAGUUGUUGUCUGGGGUAAGAGUGUUGGGGGGGGGGUGGGGUGGAAGGAUGGAGAGGUGUUUAAUGGGAUGUUUGGGGUUUGAGAUUGAGGGGGGGAGUUGGGGGGGGGGUGGGGGGGGAGGAGGGGGUUGGGGUGGGUUGGUGAUGGGGGUUUGGGUAUGGGAAUGGUGGGUUGUGAUGUUUGAGGGUUGGGAAGAUGGAUGGGGGGUGGUGGUUGGUGUGGUGGAAGUGGGGGAUUGGUGGAAUAAUUUUAUAGGAGAUGGUGGUGGGGGAGGUUUGUUGGGGGGGAUGUAG